AUGGGCUAUGCUCCGCGACCCAUGUGUGCCCGCGUUCCUGCGAUGAUAACGUCCUAUCCAAACACGACCCUGGCCACUCAGGGUCAGAAGAAAGAAAUGAGUUGUGCAGCCCAUGGUGAGAAACCCAUCAUAGUCCGCUGGGAGAAGGAAGACCGGAUCAUUAACCCUGAGAUGGCCCGUUACCUCGUGUCCACCAAAGAGGUGGGAGAGGAGGUGAUCUCUACUCUGCAGAUUUUGCCAACUGUUAGAGAAGACUCUGGCUUCUUCUCCUGUCAUGCUAUCAAUUCUUAUGGGGAGGACCGUGGAAUAAUUCAGCUCACAGUGCAAGAGCCCCCAGACCCUCCCGAAAUUGAGAUCAAAGACGUGAAAGCACGCACAAUCACCCUCAGGUGGACCAUGGGGUUUGACGGCAACAGCCCCAUUACGGGCUACGAUAUUGAAUGCAAAAAUAAAUCAGACUCCUGGGAUUCUGCUCAGAGAACCAAAGAUGUUUCCCCUCAGCUGAACUCGGCCACCAUCAUUGAUAUCCACCCUUCCUCCACCUACAGCAUCCGCAUGUACGCCAAGAACCGGAUUGGCAAGAGCGAGCCCAGCAACGAGCUCUCCAUCACCGCGGAUGAGGCAGCUGCCAACUGGAAACACCUUUAUUCUGGAACAUUCCAUGAGAGCGCUCCCAAGAAACAUUUGCAAAAUGGGAUUAUCCGUGGCUACCAAAUAGGUUACCGCGAGUACAGCACUGGGGGCAACUUCCAAUUCAACAUUAUCAGUAUUGACACCACUGGGGACAGUGAGAUUUACACCCUGGACAACCUCAAUAAGUUCACCCAGUACGGCCUGGUGGUGCAGGCCUGCAACCGGGCCGGGACGGGACCUUCUUCUCAGGAAAUCAUCACCACCACCCUCGAGGAUGUGCCCAGUUACCCCCCUGAAAAUGUCCAAGCCAUAGCAACAUCACCAGAAAGCAUAUCAAUAUCCUGGUCCACACUUUCCAAGGAAGCCUUGAAUGGAAUUCUCCAGGGGUUUAGAGUCAUUUACUGGGCCAACCUGAUGGACGGAGAGCUGGGCGAGAUUAAAAACGUCACCACGACACAGCCUUCCCUGGAGCUGGAUGGCCUGGAGAAGUAUACCAACUACAGCAUCCAAGUGCUGGCCUUUACCCGCGCCGGGGACGGCGUCAGAAGUGAGCAGAUCUUCACUCGGACCAAAGAGGAUGUUCCAGGUCCUCCUGCAGGAGUGAAGGCAGCUGCAGCCUCAGCCUCCAUGGUGUUUGUGUCCUGGCUUCCCCCUCUCAAGCUGAACGGCAUCAUCCGAAAGUACACUGUAUUCUGCUCCCACCCCUAUCCCACAGUGAUCAGCGAGUUUGAAGCCUCUCCUGACUCAUUUUCCUACAGAAUUCCCAACCUGAGUCGGAACCGUCAAUACAGCGUGUGGGUGGUAGCCGUAACUUCAGCUGGGAGAGGCAACAGCAGUGAGAUCAUCAUGGUGGAGCCAUUAGCUAAAGCUCCAGCACGAAUCCUGACCUUCAGUGGCACAGUGACUACUCCAUGGAUGAAGGACAUCGCCUUGCCUUGUAAAGCUGUUGGGGACCCUUCUCCUGCAGUAAAAUGGAUGAAAGACAGUAACGGGACACCCAGCCUAGUAACGAUUGAUGGGCGGAGGAGCAUCUUCAGCAACGGGAGCUUCAUUAUCCGCACAGUGAAGGCGGAAGAUUCCGGCUAUUACAGCUGCAUCGCCAAUAACAACUGGGGAUCAGAUGAAAUUAUUUUAAAUUUGCAAGUACAAGUUCCACCUGAUCAGCCUCGGCUUACAGUGUCCAAAACGACAUCUUCUUCCAUUACACUCUCGUGGCUCCCUGGGGACAAUGGGGGCAGUUCCAUCAGAGGAUACAUAUUGCAGUACUCCGAGGAUAACAGUGAACAGUGGGGAAGUUUUCCAAUCAGCCCAAGUGAACGUUCUUACCGCCUGGAAAAUCUGAAGUGUGGUACUUGGUACAAGUUCACUCUUACUGCCCAAAAUGGAGUGGGACCGGGACGUAUCAGCGAGAUCAUAGAAGCGAAAACGUUGGGGAAAGAGCCCCAGUUCUCGAAAGAGCAAGAACUCUUCGCCAGCAUCAACACCACACGCGUGAGGCUGAACCUCAUCGGCUGGAACGACGGCGGCUGUCCUAUCACCUCCUUCACUCUGGAGUACAGACCCUUUGGGACCACGGUCUGGACCACAGCUCAGCGGACCUCUCUCUCCAAGUCCUACAUCCUCUACGACCUGCAAGAGGCCACGUGGUACGAGCUGCAGAUGAGGGUGUGCAACAGUGGCGGCUGCGCAGAGAAGCAGGCCAACUUCGCCACGCUCAACUAUGAUGGCAGUACAAUCCCUCCACUCAUUAAGUCAGUUGUCCAAAGCGAAGAAGGCCUGACGACCAACGAGGGGCUCAAGAUGCUCGUGACCAUCUCCUGCAUCCUGGUGGGGGUCUUGCUGCUGUUUGUGCUCCUGCUGGUGGUGCGGAGAAGGAGGCGGGAGCAGAGGCUGAAGAGACUGAGAGAUGCGAAGAGUUUAGCUGAAAUGCUCAUGAGUAAGAAUACCCGGACUUCGGAUACCUUGAGCAAGCAACAACAGACCUUGAGAAUGCACAUUGACAUACCCAGGGCUCAGCUUUUGAUUGAAGAGAGAGACACAAUGGAGACCAUCGACGAUCGCUCCACGGUCCUGUUAACGGAUGCUGACUUUGGGGAGGCGGCGAAACAGAAGUCCCUGACAGUGACGCACACGGUCCACUACCAGUCAGUGUCACAGGCCACCGGGCCCCUGGUGGACGUUUCGGACGCGCGGCCGGGAACGAAUCCCACCACCAGGAGGAACGCAAAGGCAGGACCCACAGCAAGAAACCGGUAUGCCAGCCAGUGGACCCUCAACAGACCCCACCCCACCAUUUCAGCACACACCCUCACCACAGACUGGAGGCUGCCGACGCCCAGGGCUGCGGGAUCAAUGGACAAGGAGAGUGACAGCUACAGUGUCAGCCCUUCACAAGACACAGAUCGAGCGCGAAGCAGCAUGGUCUCCACAGAAAGUGCCUCCUCCACUUACGAAGAACUGGCCAGAGCCUACGAGCAUGCUAAGAUGGAAGAGCAACUGAGGCACGCCAAGUUCACCAUCACAGAGUGCUUCAUAUCAGACACAUCAUCUGAACAGUUGACGGCAGGGACAAACGAGUACACAGACAGUCUGACCUCCAGCACCCCUUCAGAAUCGGGGAUCUGCAGGUUCACUGCAUCUCCCCCCAAACCUCAGGAUGGAGGUCGAGUGAUGAACAUGGCGGUUCCAAAGGCACAUCGGCCAGGUGACCUCAUACAUUUGCCUCCAUACCUUAGAAUGGACUUUUUGUUAAACCGAAGCAGUGCAGGCACCAGCAGGGACCUGAGUUUAGGGCAAGCGUGCUUGGAACCUCAGAAAAGUCGGACCCUGAAGCGCCCCACGGUCCUUGAGCCAAUCCCCAUGGAGGCCUCCUCUUCCACGUCCUCCACGAGAGAGGGACAGCAGUGGCAGCAGGGGGCCGUGGCCACAUUACCUCAGCGAGAGGGAGCAGAGCUGGGACAGGCAGCUAAGAUGAGCAGCUCCCAAGAAUCGCUGCUCGACUCUCGGGGCCAUUUGAAAGGAAACAAUCCCUACGCAAAAUCCUACACCCUGGUAUAACAAACAGCAUGACUGGACAGCAGUUGUAAAUACAAUUUAAAAAAUUCAAUCAAAGCUACCUUUUUUUUACGGAAUUCCAAUAUUUAUAAUUAAAGAAAAUUGCCAAAAUAUAUUAAAAAAAAAAAAGAGAAAAUACUGAAACCACAGACAGUGCAAAGACUCUCCUGCUUUUUUUCUGUCUGAGUGUGAGCUCCAUCUGCCUGGGCAUCUGAUUUUUUGGGAAAGAAGUCCAGUUUUAUGAUCUUCACAGGUUAUUGCAUUUUUACUGAUUUUCUACAAAGUGCAUGGGGGACUAAUUAAACCUUCUGACUGGAAGUUCUAUCACACAAGAUUUAAGAACGAAAAUGGGGAAAAAAAUUACCCUCUUUGUGAAUUUAAAAGGAACACUGAUUUGGGGGCAGGGGGGGAGACUUUAGUCAUGUUUGCACACCUUUCUUUCCCAUUAGAAACUGGGUCCUCAAUUUGACCUCGUUCUGUUGUGAAUUAGGAUGAGUGCUGUCAGUGAAGGGGUGGGGGGGAAUCAAUUUGAUUUUCUUUUCUGUUUAUUUUUUAAUUUAAUGAGACACUCUUUGCAUUUUGUCUAAGCGAAAUAAAAAAGAAAAGGUGGUCUGCCUUUAUUUCGAUGUCUACCUCCCUUGUCUCCUACUGAUUGCUGGGUCCUCCUUCCUCUUGAUACUUGUGUUUGCAACCACCAGGGCUGAACCCAGAGCCCGAUUCAAUAAACCAGAGAGGAAACCAACACUCCGAGCUCCUCAGGAAUGGCUGGGAAGAGCACAGAUGCUGCAGCUGAUCCCAACCAUAACCAGGGGCUGGCCAGGUACUCUAAGCCUCCCAGAUGUUCUGCUCCUUCCUUGCCUCUCCGUAACACCUCGCCCUCUAGCUAGACCAGGGAUCAGCAAACCAUGGCCUGUGGGCCAAAUCCAGCCCCCUGCUACUUUUAUAAAGAACAUUUUAUUGG